AGACGCUCUAGUCGCGUGCGCGUGUGUGCGAGAGAGUGAGGAGACUCUUUAUAAUCGGCAUCGAGAUCUAGGAUCGAGAUUCGAUAAUUUUAAAUUGACAAUCUACAUCCGCGAGAAAACUACACACAGUAUAACAUUAGUCGCGAGGUGAUUCUGUGCACGAUUUUCCAAUACAAGUUUCAUAAUCAUAACUACCACAAAUGUUCAUAGUUCAUGUCCACAUUACGGUCUCUGACUGCGCGAAAGUUUUUAUGUAAUAAUUCGAGUUUUAGCAAAUUACCAAUUUAACAUUGGGUUUUUUUAUUUUUUUUUUUUUUAUAUUGCUCUGGAAAAUAAUUUUAUUUGAACUUGGUGGAUAGUCAGCGCACAGAGCACAUUACUGUGUGUGUUUUUAAAUAUUGUCAAGACCGUAGACCAAAGUAAAGUGGUCGGGAGUGUAGACAAGCCGCGAGAAAUAAUUGGGAUAAUUAUUUAAAUUUUUUAAAAAAUUACUUUCUGCGGCUGUUUUUACAACCGGCAAAGUUUAAAAAGGAAAUAUUCAUUUUUGCCAAGAGGAAACGACCUUUUAUAAUAAUAAGACAGUUAUUAUUAUUAUUGUUGUUAUUAUUACUGAAGAUUUGUGAUUGAAUCAUGUUGACGACGAGCGAAACGCAACCGACGACGCUUGUGGCAAUGACCGAUCCAAACUAUAAAAAUUGGCACAUCCCAAGACCUUCUUUGGUUAUCGGUAGAGUUGGUGAUAAAGAGAGUAGCGACGAGUAUUCUGUCCAUAAUUGGGUCCAGCAUCAUCAUUACAACAAUCUCAGCUCAAAUUCUGGCAACAAUACACCUGCUAAAAAUUCAUCUUCAUCACAGAAGUCAACAGUCAGUGCACACAGUAUAGCAUCGUCUGGUACUUUGCUAUUAACAGCAGCAAAUUUAGCAGCAAUACAUCCGCCAACGAUUGUACCACAAAAAUCAUUGGACACCGUAUCAGUAGCAAGUAGUACGCACUUUACAGUCGUCAAUGGACUAGGCAGAUCCGCGGUUAUGUACAAAAAGUCAUGGUGUGCAAGACAUCAACUGACGGUGCUUGUUUGUACGAUGAGUUUUCUUUUUAUGGUUGGUCUAUUAGCUGGAGUACUUUACAUGGAGAUGAGAGUUCGUGAUAAGUAUGAUUGAAUAAAUUAUUUAAAUACCACUGGGAGAGAGAGACAGACGAUGUUCAGUUUAAAUUACGGCGACAGGGUACUCGUCGAUGCCAGUUAACCGACGAAUUAAAUUUAUUAUAUUUUUUUAUAUUUAAAUCUCCCUCCAAUGCAUCAUUUCUUGGAGGAAAACAUGUAUUAAAUUGAGUGGAAGUGCUGUGUAUUUUAUAAAUAAAUUGAGCGGCCAUUAAACUGUUUGUUUGUUAGUUUAAAUACGCACACUUAGCUGUCAAAUAAAUAAAUUACUGUAUAAUCCCGCACGUGUGAUUUACAGUUUAUUUUUAAAAAAUCAAUUGCUAAUUAUAUGUAAAUUUAUAAAUUGUCGCCUAUGAAGCUCUUUGUAUCUGUGAUACUAUUUAUCUUGUAUUAGUGCGUA